AUGAAUCCGAAUAUCCCUCCAGUCCAAUCGUAUCACGAGUUCAUGAGUAGGUCCAACAGAUCUCAUCAAACCGAAUGCGACUCUUUAAAGAGGUCGGAUACCGACAUUUCUUCGUCAACAACUAAUGACUCAAGAGACUUCCUUACGCCUCGUGGCUCCCCCUUUCAGAAUAAUACAUACAGUCAAUCAUUAGCGCAGCCCCGGCCUGUUUUCGAUGAACAAUUUCAAGCAUAUAAUAGGAACCCAUAUCAGCAGCCGUAUCAGCGUGGCGCUCCUUGGGAAUAUUAUAACCGGCAAGCAGAUUACCCAACCAACCCUUCUGGUGAAAGUCAACAGUUCAUACCCAAUGUCUCAGCCCCGUUACCACCGCCCCCUAUCAUGAACAGAAGGUACUCUGGUUUACCUAAAAAUCCUCAAGAACAAGAUUCAUCUCGUUUUGGCUGGUUCAAACGUCAUAAUUUUGCAUACUUCACUAUAUUCAUUACACUAGUUGAUAUUUCAGUAUUCAUCUACGAGCUUGCGAAAGCAGGAAGCUACCAUAAUGGAAACCCAUUUCAAACACAGCCUUACUUCAAUCCUAUGCUUGGUCCGUCUUCCUACGUCCAAAUUUCAUUGGGAUCCCGAUACCUUCCGUGUAUGACCUCUAUCCCAGGUUACACCGAUAAUGUGAACCAGUUAUGGCCGUGUCCCAAUUCUACCACAUAUGAAACAAACGUCUGUUCCUUGGAAGAGUUGUGCUCAUUUGGCGGGUUUAAACAGGUGGACAGCGCUACGGGUCAGCCAUUGCCAGAUCAAUGGUGGAGGAUGAUUACUCCAAUGUUUCUACACGCUGGAUUUAUUCAUAUUAUUUUCAAUUUGCUACUACAAAUGACGCUAGCCUACAACAUUGAACGAGUCAUUGGACCAAUCAGAUAUGGUACCAUCUACUUGGCAUCUGGUGUAGCAGGCUUUGUGUUAGGAUCCAACUUCUCUCCAGUAGGUGUUAGCUCGACGGGUGCUUCUGGAGCACUUCUUGGUGUCAUGGCUGUCAACAUAUUACUACUGAUUACGACAAAAAGCACAGCCCAUUUCGGUGGCGUGAAAGGUAAGCAAGUACCUGUCAGAAACUUCAAGGUAAUUCUCAUAGUCUCAAUAGUUGAACUGGUCAUUAUCUUCUUUCUUGGUUUGCUACCUGGCUUAGACAAUUUUGCGCAUAUUGGAGGAUUUGCCAUGGGUUUACUUCUGGGGCUUACACUUAUUGAUGAUCCCUUCUUUGUCUAUGACAAGGGAUACUAUAACAAAAUAUACACAGAACGCACAUCUCAAAAGGAAAAAUUGAAGAACUGGAGCUCGCAUCUCAAGACCUCUCGGCACAGUACCAAAUUUUUCAUAUGGCUGCUUGUCCGUGUGGCAGCCUUAGUUACGGCCAUCCUUUACUUUUAUUUCUUGAUUCAUAAUUUCCAAAAGAAGGGUAGUGAGAGUUCCGAUAGCUGCCGGUGGUGCAAAUAUAUCAAUUGUCUUCCAGUGAAUGGUUGGUGUGAUUAUGGCAACGUACAAACUCAAGGCACCAGCAGUAGUGCAAGUGAUAGCAGCAGUGGAAGCAGCAGUGACUCCUCUUCAGGCAGUUCAGUCUCAUCUGGCAUCACAAUCGCCCUCGUUGGUCUCACUCAAGCAUUCUUUUCAUAUUACCGAGAUCUCAUCGUUGCUUAG